GCUGGGGACAGGUUUGUGAUCGGACCGGAUGUCAAUGUGCAAGCAGGAUCUGAACACAAAAUUGCAGGAACGGAUGUUAUUUGAGGGUGUUUUUGUGGACUCUGCGGCAUUUAAUUAAUUUCUUAAGACAUGUGGCUCUCAAGGCUAACCUCGCAGAUGGUUAGAGCCACACAGCGUACAGGAUGUCUUUUGCCACGCUUUUUAAGUCCAAAUUACAAGACCAUAUCUGCAUUUUAUAGCACACGGCAACAACAGAGACCGCAAGUACCUCCCCAAGUAUGGUACAACUUUCAGCCUGAACUAGAUGAAUUUCUAGUGCCCCGCAUGAUGUCAAUCAGCCCUUUAGAGAGCAUGAUUACUUCCCGUUAUUUCCUGCCAAAACCAGAGUCCUCUAAAACACUUGAAGAACCUCUAGAAAACAUAUUAUAUUAUGAAUGCCCUACCCAGCAGGACACUGAGGACAUGGGUGAAGAUAGGGAAGAUAGGGGUGCAGUGCAUUGCAAAAACGUUUUGAAGAUUCGACGGAGGAAAAUGAACAAACACAAGUAUAAAAAGCUUAUGAAACGCACAAAAUUCCUCCGCCGAAAGAUUAGAGAUGGACGCAGACUUAGGAAGCAGGCCAAAUUUGAAAAAGAUUUGAAAAGAAUCUGGAGGAGAGCAGGACUCAAAAAAGCGCCUGAUGGUUGGCAAACACCAAAGAUCUACGUGAAGCACUGAGACCCGGAUAAUAUAAAUUAUACUUUUUCAGGAUUUAUUGUACAAUAAACAAGAUGUUUACACACA